AUGGCGGAGAGACUACGGAUCCUCGUUGUUGGUGCAGGCGGCCGAGAACAUGCCCUUGCCUGGAAGUUAUCCAGGUCGCCUUCGGUCGAUGUGGUCCAUGUUGCCCCCGGUAACGGAGGUACAGAGGCUGACAAUAUCGUCAAUGUGCACAUAUCCACCGAUGACUUCACAGAGCUCGUUGCUCAUGCGAGGAAGCAUGGUUUGAACUUGGUUGUCGUGGGCCCAGAGGCCCCUCUGGUCGCAGGUAUUGAGCAGUUCUUCAGAGCCGUGGGCAUCCGCUGCUUUGGGCCCAGCAAGGCCGCUGCGAGAAUGGAAGGUUCCAAGGCCUUCUCAAAGGAUUUUAUGCUGCGCCACGGCAUUCCGACGGCAGCAUUCCGGAAUUUCAGCGACUACGAAUCUGCACGUGAAUACCUGGACUCGGUCAGCCAUGAUGUCGUGAUCAAGGCUGACGGUCUUGCCGCUGGGAAGGGCGUCAUAAUCCCCAAGACGAAACAGGAGGCGCAUGAUGCCCUGAAGAUGAUCAUGGUAGCUCGCGAGUUCGGCUCGGCCGGCUCACAGGUCGUGAUUGAGGAGUUUCUGGAGGGCGAGGAGCUGAGUGUGCUCUCUUUCAGUGAUGGUUACACUAUUCGGUCAUUACCGCCUGCUCAAGAUCACAAGCGUGUCUUCGAUGGUGAUCAGGGCCCAAACACUGGAGGCAUGGGCUGCUACGCGCCGACCAGAGUUGCCUCGAAAGAGCUUAUUGCACAGAUUGACCGAGAAAUUGUUCAACCUACAGUCGACUGUAUGCGGCGUGAGGGCAUGCCUUUCGUCGGCAUGCUAUUUACCGGCUUGAUGAUCACCAAAAACGGACCCAAGGUCCUCGAAUACAACGUCAGAGGAGGAGACCCCGAGACACAAACCUUGCUGCCUCUACUUAGCGAUGACACCGAUCUGGCCAAGGUAAUGCUGGCCUGUACAGAACAUUGGUUAGAUGGCGUCGAACUCAAGAUUGAAUCCAAGUUUGCGGCCACGGUGGUGGCAUGCGCUGAAGGCUACCCAGGCACUUAUGCGAAAAAUAGACCCAUCUCAAUACAGCAAACUCCCGCUGAUACCUUCGUCUUUCACGCCGGUACAGUUAGAGACGGAAAGCAAAUAAUUUCUGUUGGAGGCCGUGUGAUUGGCUCGACAUCAACUGCGGAGACAUUGGAAGAGGCGGUGGCUAAGGCAUAUAAGGGAAUGGAGUGUAUCAAAUUUAAUGGUAUGCACUUCCGAAAAGACAUCGGCCAUCGGGCUUUCAAGCGAAAAGCGCAGGAAAACGGCGCAGAAGAGGCUGUGAUGACCUAUGCGUCAGCCGGAGUGUCUAUCGACGCAGGGAACAACCUCGUUUCCAGGAUCAAGCCUGCAGUGAAGGCGACCGCACGUCCUGGGGCAGACGCCGUCAUAGGUGGCUUUGGCGGUGCCUUUGACCUUGCAAAAGCGGGUUACCACGAAAAGUCUCCAAUUGUCAUUGGAGCCAUCGACGGAGUUGGCACAAAACUCAAGAUUGCCCAUGCGAUGAAUGUCCACGACACUGUCGGCAUCGACUUGGUCGCUAUGAACGUGAAUGACCUCGUUGUGCAAGGAGCAGAACCACUCAUGUUCCUCGACUGCUACACUUGCAGUAUCCUAGACGUGGACAUCGCGAGUGAUUUCAUUCGAGGCGUCUGCGAGGGCUGUAAGAUUGCAAAUUGCGCACUUGUCGGAGGAGAGACUGCUGAAAUGCCUGGUCUGUUGAGUGGCACCGAAUACGAUGCAGUUGGCGCCGCUCUAGGGGCUGUUGAUAUCCCUGCUGGGAAGAGAAUACUGCCCGAUCUCGAGAGCAUGGUCGAAGGCGAUGUCCUCCUUGGUCUGACAUCGAGUGGGAUUCACUCGAACGGAUUCUCCCUGGUCCGUCGCAUUGUCGAGAAAAUGCAUCUGGCUUUAUCAGACACUGCUCCGUGGAAUCUCGAAACCACGGUGGGCAGAUCACUGCUUACCCCGACCCGGAUCUAUGUUGUUUCUUUACUACAAGCAGUCAAGCGAGACUUAGUGAAGGGUAUGGCGCAUAUCACAGGCGGCGGGCUCUUGGAAAAUGUACCCAGAAUGCUUCCCAGCCAUCUUGCCGCCGAAAUCGACGUUUCUGCUUGGGGCCGCCCGGGUGUCUUUAAGUGGCUUCAACAAGCAGGAAAUGUCAGCCACGAAGAAAUGGGUCGGACUUUCAACAAUGGGAUAGGCAUGGUCCUUGUCGUAUCUGACGUUGCAUCCGGAGAGGUGAAGAAAAUUCUCGAAGCUGAGGGUGAAACCGUCUACAAGAUCGGUAAGCUGGUCGAGAGACAAGCAGGACAGGAGGCUUGUAAGCUUCAGAAUCUCGACUCAUGGGGUCCGUCCUAG